CAUCUCCUCCGCUCGCAGCGUUCACCCGUGAGCGGUCGCGGCGUUUUUCCCUUCUGUUCUCCCCGCGCUGUCCCGAUUACCUCAGCCGCAGUUCAGUCUCUGCAGGGCCGCCCAUCCCACCCGGGCCGCGCGGCCCGUUCUGCAGUAACGUGUUGGCUUCCCUCAGCUGCCCGCCCUCACCGCCCUUUAGGCCGCCGUCCCGUGUGUGGAAGAGGCCUUCAAGCGGGCAGCGCGCAGCUCGGCUCCCUGCGGCCCUCCCUGCCCUGCCCUGCCCUGCCCUGCCCUGCCCUGCCCUGCUCCACACGGCGCCCUCCAACCGGUGAUGACCAUCUCUGCACACCUCUGUGCCUCUUCUUUGGCCCCCCGGGUGUUUUAGCUCAAUUUCUACUUCGAAACUGCUUUUUUUUUUAUGUUAUUUUCCCCAUCUGCCAUUUCGGUUGACUGAUGUGCUUUCUCUCCUCUUGGCUUCCUUACCCUUGCUUGAGCGGUGAGGGAUGUUAUUAUAAAAAGCAGCACAGGAAGGCACAAAACCAGCUGUGUAAAACGUGGCUGGUAAUUCCUUCUUCGCUCCGUUUAUCUUUGCUGUGUGCCUCUCCAGAUCGGUGCGGUCUGUGUGAUGCAGUGGUUUAAUUGGCAGGGAUCAGUGUGCAUGUUUACCCCGACUUGUCCUUUAGAGGCAUUGUAGUGCUGGGGUUCUGGCAGCCUUGGUUCCUUGGUUGGGAUCCACAGUAACGAUUGUAUGAUUUUAUUUUGAUUCGCACUAAUUGCUGCUGGAUUGCCUUAAAUUCCUGUAUGCCACAUUGGGAUCACGCGGGGGAUCUCAGUAGAAGCCCUCGAUGGCUGAUGGUUAGUGGUGCAGAAAUGAGGCUGUACGUGAGGAAAUGAGGUGUUACUGACGCAAAUCGCUCAGGACGGGCAGCACGAGUGAGAAAAACCUGCAUGCUCUCAGCCCGCUCCGGGUACAGUAAACCCGUGGCCACCCCGCUCGUUGCCCGGGCGCCACGAAACUACAAAUCCCAGCAUGCCACGGCCGUCAGUCCCCAGGGUUCCGGCCCCGCGUGCGGCGCGUUGGAUGCUGGGAGUUGUAGUGCCGGGAGGGGGGCGGCCGUUUGAGUGCGUGACGUUCGCUGAGCUCUUCCGGAAGAACGGCGGAGAUUUUCUCCUUUUCAUCGCGAGAUGAGCUGCAUUUCAAACUGGCCAAUCAGAACGUUGCUAUGGCUCGAACUGGCCAAUGGCAGAGGGAGGGAGCGGGAAAUUUAAAUCCCGCCUGGAGCCGCUGAGGUUAGUGGUAGCGUGGUCUUUGGCUGGGGAGGUAGGAGGGCGGCUUGUGUGCGGUGCCUGCAGCCGAGGCUUUUUUCUCUCCUCGUUUCUCUUUUGAACUCUAAGCAAGAUGUCCUCCAAUGAGAAUACCAAUACAGCAGCUCGCUUGAACAGAUUCAAAAACAAAGGAAAAGAUACUACAGAAAUGAGAAGGCGGCGUAUUGAAGUCAAUGUAGAACUGAGGAAAGCUAAAAAAGAUGACCAGAUGCUUAAAAGAAGAAAUGUUAGCACUUUUCCAGAUGAUGCCACUUCUCCCCUUCAGGAAAAUAGGAGCAAUCAGGUUUCUGCACACUGGUCUGUUGAAGAAAUAGUCAAAGGAGUUAAUAGCAAUAAUAUGGAGCUUCAAUUGCAGGCUACUCAAGCUGCCAGGAAACUCCUUUCAAGAGAGAAGCAGCCCCCCAUAGACAACAUAAUUCAGGCUGGUUUGAUUCCAAAAUUUGUCUCCUUCUUGAGUAGAGCAGACUGUAGUCCUAUUCAGUUUGAAUCUGCCUGGGCGCUUACCAACAUCGCUUCUGGCACAUCAGAGCAAACCAAGGCAGUAGUAGAUGGUGGGGCUAUUCCAGCCUUUAUUUCACUUCUGGCCUCCCCUCACAUUCACAUCAGUGAACAAGCUGUGUGGGCAUUAGGAAAUAUUGCAGGGGAUGGUUCUAUCUACAGGGAUCUAGUUAUUAAAUUUGGUGCAAUUGAACCACUGCUGACUCUACUAGCUGUUCCUGAUCUCUCUUCGCUGGCUUCUGGAUAUUUACGGAAUGUUACCUGGACCCUCUCAAACUUGUGUCGUAACAAGAAUCCUGCACCACCCAUAGAAGCUAUUGAGCAGAUUCUUCCAACUCUCGUCCGACUCUUGCAUCAUGAUGAUCAUGAGGUGUUAGCAGACACGUGCUGGGCACUCUCCUACCUAACAGAUGGUUCCAAUGACAGGAUAGAAGUUGUUGUGAAAACUGGAUUGGUGCCACAGCUCGUCAAACUGCUGGGAUGUGGUGAACUGCCAAUAGUGACUCCUUCACUGAGAGCCAUAGGAAAUAUUGUUACUGGUACUGAUGAGCAGACACAGAUUGUUAUUGAUUCAGGAGCCCUAUCUGUCUUUCCGAGUCUCCUAUCUCAUCAUAAAAACAACAUUCAAAAAGAAGCUGCAUGGACAAUGUCCAACAUCACAGCUGGACGUCAGGACCAGAUUCAGCAAGUUGUAGAUCAUGGCCUUGUGCCAUAUCUCAUUGGUGUUCUGAGGAAGGGAGAUUUCAAAUCUCAAAAAGAAGCUGUGUGGGCUGUGACUAACUAUACAAGUGGUGGAACAAUUGACCAGAUUGUGUAUCUUGUUCAGGCUGGUGUUGUUGAGCCUCUACUGAAUCUCCUCACUGCUAAAGACAGCAAAACUGUGCUAGUAAUUUUGGAUGCUGUUUCUAAUAUCUUCCUGGCUGCUGAGAAGAUAAAUGAGACUGAGAAACUUUGCCUCAUGAUUGAAGAGUGUGGAGGUCUAGACAAAAUUGAAGCUCUUCAGUCACAUGAAAAUGAACAGGUGUACAAGGCCUCAGCCACCCUGAUUGAAAAAUAUUUCUCAGCAGAAGAGGAGGAGGACCAGAAUGUUGUACCAGAAUCUACUGCUGCUAGUUAUACUUUCCAAAUUCAGGGCAGUACUCCUGAUACUUUCAACUUCUAGAUGCUGGAUACACUGCAACCACCUACAAGCCAUUUGGUGUACAAAUGCUGCCACUUCUGUGUCUUAAUAGCCCCUCUUUUUUUUUUUUUUUUUGUGACCUCUAGCACUUUGUCCAACUGAAACAUACUUGAACAGUUCAAAACUGUACAUAUGUGAAUUUUUAACUGUUAAAUUCAUUCUGACAUUCUUGUAAAUACAUCUUCUCACUUCUGUCUUCUAGCCUUUUACUGUCUCUGUCUUACAAAAAAAUGCAAGUAGGUAAUAUAAGCUUCUUUUUAAAUGUAACCCCUUGCUCUGUGUAAUAUAUUAGAAUCAAAACACUGAGUAAGCUUUUAAGGAGGAUUCAUUUCAAGUUCAAUAAAGUGUUAACAGUACAUCAAAUUAA